AUGUGGGCUGUAGGAAGAGAUCCUAAGGUCUGGUUUAAUGCCGAAGAUUUCUGUCCGGAGAGGUUUGUCGAGAAGAAUGUUGACUUUCGAGGACUUGACUUUGAGUUCAUACCGUUUGGAUCUGGUCGCAGAGGAUGUCCUGGGAUACACAUGGGUUUGGUUACAGUUAAAUUCGUUGUAGGUCAAUUGGUUCAUUGCUUUAAUUGGGAGCUUCCGUUGGGACAGGAUCCGAAUGAAUUGGACAUGAGUGAGAAAUUUGGCUUGUCACUCCCGAGAGCCAAGAACCUGUAUGCUGUGCCAACUUCUCGCAUUAAGUCCAAUUAA